AUGGGCAGUGUUGGCGAUCCUGAGCCUGAGCGUCUCCUCAAGACCGAUCUGUGGCAGUAUGGCAAGAGGUUGCGAUCUGAUGGCCCAUAUGCGGAUAACUUAGACCUCGAUGUACUGGUUGUUGGUGCUGGAUUCGGUGGCAUCAAGGCUUUGUACGAUCUGAGGAACCAGGGUCUAAAUGUCGUGUUGUACGAUGCAGGUACUGGCUUCGGUGGUACCUGGAGAUGGAACUGCUAUCCAGGAGCUCGCGUGGACAGCCCUGUCCCUAUCUACGAGUUGGCCAUUCCAGAGGUCUACGAAGAUUGGUAUUGGACUACGAACUACCCCGACUGGAAAGAGCUGCAAGCCUACUUCAACCACGCCGAUAAAAAGCUCGAUCUAAGCAAAGACUGUGCUUUCAACACUGUUGUCAUUAGCGGCGAGUGGGAUGAGGGCCAGGCCAGGUGGAUCGUCAAGACCCAAGAUGGCCGCACUGUGAAGGCACGAUUCAUGGUCGUUGCAGCUGGCUUCGCUGCCAAGCGCUACAUCCCAGACGUACCCGGCCUCGACACAUUCAAGGGCGAAAUCCACCACUCAUCCUUCUGGCCCGAAGAAGGCGUCGACUACGUAGGAAAAAAGGUUGCCGUCAUCGGCACAGGUGCUAGCGGUGUCCAAAUUAUUCAAGAGACCGGCCCAGUGGCAGAACAAGUCACCGUCUACCAGCGCACACCCAAUCUUGCCCUUCCUAUGGGCCGCAAAGAACUCACCAAACAAGAGCAAGACCACCGACGACCAGAUUACCGCUACAUCCACGAGCUUCGCGAAAUGACCUUUGCUGGCUUCCACUACGACCUAUGCGAGCGCAAUACCUUCGAUGAUACCCCUGAAGAGCGCGAAGCCCUCUUCGACGCACUUUGGAAGCAGCAAGGCUUCGGCCUGUGGCUCGGUGGAUAUAAGGACUACCUCUUUGACCAGAAAGCCAACCGUGAGGCGUACAACUACUGGCGCAAGCAACAGUCGCAGCGCGUGCGUAGCGAGGAGAAGAAGAAGGUUCUGUUCCCAGAAGAGCCACCACAUCCUUUCGGUGUCAAGAGGCCGUGUCUCGAGCAGACUUACUACGAGGUGCUCGACAGGGAUAAUGUUGAUGUCGUGAAUAUUAAUACGAAGAAUGGAACGCCGAUUCAGAAGUUUACUGAGAAGGGCAUCAUCACUGAUGGCGUGGAGAGGGAGUUUGACAUUAUCGCUUUGGCGACUGGUUUCGAUGUGGUCACUGGCGGCCUGACCAACAUGGGCUUGAAGUCGAUCCACGGCACAUAUCUCAAGGAUGAGUGGAAGCAUGCAGCGAAUACCUACCUGGGCACUACCAUCUCUGGCUACCCCAACUUCUUCCACCUCUACGGCCCUCAUGGCCCAACCCUCCUCUCCAACGGACCCUCCUCAGUCGAGAUCCAAGUGCGCUGGAUCCGAGACGCCAUCAAACAAAUCAACCGCCAAGGCCUCAAAUACAUCAACCCCACCAAAGAAGCCGAGAAAGAAUGGAAGCAGCGCAUCAACGACCUCGCGGCACCGAGUCUCUUCCCGACCACCGCGAGCACGUACAUGGGCGGAGGCAUCCCGGGCAAGGCGUUUGAGAUGACGUGUUAUGCUGGGGGUGUGAAUGCCUAUGGCCCGGAGAUUCGGGGGAAGUUGAAUGGGUGGGUUGGGUUUGAUACGGUGAAGGCUUAG